AUGGGCUGUGUGAAAUCUCUGCACUUGAAGAAUCAAGCAGAGAUCUUCCCCAAGGAUGUCAGCCUAAUUAACGAACACUAUUCACUGCCAAUUUCUAAUGAAGACAAAGCGUUGUUGAGAGAAUCUUGGAAACAGCUGGAAAAUAUGAAAGAUGCAAUGGGCAAGACCAUAUUUACAAGGUAUUUAACUGGAUUUAUAGAUGGAAGGUAGUGAUCUUGUAUCUUGACAUGCUGAUUACUUUCAAAAAAUAAAAAAGGGCCACAGAGCUUCCUUUUAAGUAAAGUGAAACGAUAGCUUUAGGUUGUGCUGUUACUACAGAAACUGUUUAAUUGAGAAAUGAUCCGUAAAACGUCAAGGAUUACCUGAAAAUCUCUUUUGCUGUUUUGGGACUCUGUUUUGAGCAAACUUAAAUAAAUCGCCUACAAAUUUCAUCUAUUAAAGAACAAUGAUUCGUCACAUGCUCUGGAUAACUUCCGGAAUCGGGGAAACUUUUUCUUGUGGAAUCUGGAAUCCUGGACUUUGGAAUCCAGACACCAGCUCAAGGAAUCUGGAAUCCCGUUAAUAAUUGGAAUCCGGACUCAAAGGAAUCGUGAAUCCAGUAACUAGAAUCCAGAAUCGAAAGCGUGGAAUCCAGAAACAAAGUCUGUUUUGGAAUACCGUAGAUAGGGCAAUUUACCACCAGUGUCAUCAAAAGUGGGUUUCAGAAGGUUGAAGUUAGCCGGCCAUUGUUUAAGACACCCGGCAGAGGAGGCAUCUAAACUAGUACUUUGGCAGCUAAUGAGUGGACGCAUGAACAUCGGAAGACCAGCUGUUACUUAAUAUAUAGAUAACCUGAAAAGCGAAACUAGCUUGGAAAGUGAGGAAGAGCUGAGAACAGCUAUGUUGGAUAGGGGGAUCUGGAAGGGGCGUGCUCAAUCGAGGCGUUCUCUUGCUCGGCCGUAGUAGUGGUAGUAGUAGUAGUAGUAGUGGUGGUGGCGGUGGUGGUAGUGGUAGUGGUAGUGGUAGUGGUAGUGGUAGUGGUAGUGGUAGUGGUAGUGGUAGUAGUAGUAGUAGUAGUAGUAGUAGUAGUAGUAGUAGUAGUAGUAGUAAUAGUAGGGCGAACUGAUAUUCCUGUUUUCCCUUUUUACAGGCUCCUUGAGUUAAAUCCAGACAUUCAAGACACGUUUCCAUCAUUCAGAGGGGUCGCCCUUGACGAGCUGAUGAACUCUCGAUCUUUAUUUUUACACUCAAAACGUUUGAUGGCAGCGGUGGAGAAAGCUGUUUCUUCGCUGGAAGAUGGGCAAGAGAUUGUUGAACGUCUAACCGACCUGGGGCAAAGACAUAUUGCAAUCUCAAUCACUGAGAAACAUUUUAAGGUGCGGUAAGUUAAGCUUGUCAAAGGAAACCUGUACAGAUGUAAAAAAAAUAAUGAUCGCCACUCACUGACGCGGGUUAAGUUUAUAUUAAGAUUAACAUAGCGAUGUAGUCAGGCUCGUGGAGGUGUGACUUUCGAGUCGAGGGCUUUAAUGCAGCGUGUAGAAUCUGUUUGUUUAUGUCAGCAUUUUCCUUUUCAGCCCUUGACCCGAAUUUUAAACAAAUUGCAGUUUCUUUUACUAAUUUAAGCGCCAUCUAUAGGCUUCAACAUAAUUCGAUAUUAUGUUUGAUAAGAAUUACAACGUGCAACAUUUUUACAAAAUCUUGUUUGAAUAAAACCCCUUGCAAACGAACGCAACAUUGUUGGCCAACAACUCCCAACAAUGUUGGAUUUUACAUGUUGCGUCCGUUUGCACACCCUGUUGCGUGUUGUUGCACAAAGUUUGAAACCGGUCAAACUUUUCAGCCAACAACUCCCAACAUUUCUUUUGUUCCGUGAUCGCCGAAGCGUAGCGCAACAAUGUUGGAUCCGUUUGCACAGCUCUUCUAACAUUGUUGGGGCCACGCACGCUCAUUACGCAUGGUUUACAAAGACUUAUGGGUUGUAUCCUUCCCACGAUGCACUGCAGGUCCCAACAUUGUUGGGAGUUGUUGCAUCCGUUUGCACACCACUGCCAGCACGUACGCAACAACUCCCAACAUUGUUGGCCCAACAUUGUUGGGAGUUGUUGCAUCCGUUUGCACACCACUGCCAACACACACGCAACAUCUCCCAACAUUGUUGGCGCAACAAUGUUGGGAGUUGUUGCGUCCGUUUGCACGCAGCCUAAAGCCCCGCGCAAACGGACGCAACAUUGCUGGGAGUUGUUGCGUGCGUUUGCACGUAGCUAAAAGUUUGACUGGUUUCAAACUUUGCGCCACAACUCCCAACAACACGCAACAGGGUGUGCAAACGGACACAACAUGUAACAUCCAACAAUGUUGGGAGUUGUUGGCCAACAAUGUUGCGUCCGUUUUCACAGGGCUUAAGAGGUCUUCUUAUUCCUAGCAUAUUUUUCUUUCCGUUUAGAUUAUGGAAAAAGCCUUAGUUCUCACAUUAAAAGACCUUUUGAAGACGGACUACACAGAAGAUAUUGCGCAUGCCUGGACAGAACUAUUUGGGUUUAUGACCGCUACCAUGUUAGCAGGAAAGGAACGAGCACACGAAAAUCACAACUCAUUGAUGUAA